AUGGCCAGCAGCCCGCUCCGCAGGCAGGCAGGGCGCUCGACUCAGGGCCCCGUUCUGCCAACACCUCCUAUAGGAGGUGGUGGUGGUUCUGCCCGGCUCGGCUUGUUCCGUCCCUCCGGGGGCGGCCGAGCGUGGGCGGCCCGGCCCCCGGGGAGCGAUUGGCUGCGGGGCGGUCGGGGGCGCGGCCUGGGACCGCCUGAAGCGCUUCGCCGUGCUGCUCGACUGCCCGGAGCCGGCCUCGCCGCCGGUGUUCAGCUCGGGCGAGAGCGUGGCCGGCCGGGUGGUGCUGGAGCUGAGCGGGGAGGCGCGCCUCUGCGCCCUCCACCUGCACGCCCGCGGCUGCGCCCAGGUCCACUGGACCGAGUCCCGCUCGGCCGGCUCCAGCACCGCCUACACGCAGAGCUACGGCGACCGCGUGGACUUCCUCAGCCACCGCCAGCAGCUCCUCGCCCCCCAGCCAGGCGCCUGGCCACCUCCUUCGAGGGCAAGCACGGCAGCGUCCCCUACUGGGUGAAGGCCAAGCUGCACCGGCCCUGGGCCGCCGUCCGGAGGGCCAAGCAGGAGUUCACCGUCCUCGAGCCCCUCGACAUCAACACGCCCGCCCUGCUGGCUCCUCAGGCUGGUGCCAAGGAGAAACUGGCUCGCACCUGGUAUCGCAACCGGGGGCAGGUUUCGGUCUCUGCCAAGAUCGAUCGGAAAGGAUACACACCAGGUGAGGUCAUCCCCAUUUUUGCUGAAAUCGAUAACGGCACCACCCGCUCGGUCAUCCCCAAGGCCGCCAUCAUACAGACGCAGACGUUCCUCGCCCGGGGCACCAAGAAGCAGAAGAAGUCCGUUGUGGCCAGCAUCGUGGGCGACUCCAUCGCAGCGCACAAGCGGGAUGUGUGGCACGGGCGGGCACUCAAAAUCCCCCCCGUGGGGCCCUCCAUCCUUCAGUGCCGCAUUCUCCACGUGGAGUACUCACUCAAGGUCUGUGUCGACAUUCCUGGGACUUCUAAGCUGCUCCUGGAGCUGCCCCUGGUGAUCGGGACAAUCCCACUGCAUCCGUUUGGCAGUCGCACAUCCAGCGUCAGCAGCCAGUACAGCGCCAGUCUAGAUUGGCUCCGGAUGGGAAUCCCUGAGCAGCCUGAGGCUCCACCAGACUACUCCUCUGUGGUGACCGGCGAAGAGCCUCCUGAGAACCUGUCCCCUCCUUGCCAGGAUGAGGCCACCAGCAUCUUUGAAGGGCCGUUCUUUGCCUACAUCCAAGAAUUUCGCUACCGGCCGCCCCCCCUUUACUCAGAGGUGGACCCCAAUCCUCCCUCUGACAGCCUGAUCCGUCCGCGCUGCAUGACAUGCUGACCGGAAGCCUUGCCCGACUUGAGAUCAUGGCUUGGAAUGGGAAAUCCUUUCUGCAGAGAGAUGGAGGGCGGAUAACAGGUCAUUGCCCCCCCCCCCAAGUGGUGGGUGCCCAUUCUGUGACCGCCGCUCUGCUCAGAGUGUGCGGCAUCGAGCACUCCACUGAAGAGCUGGUUGGCGUUUAUCUGGACGCGACUGGUGAUGAAGGAAGGAGAGAGGGCUCUUCCUUGGCCCCUGAACGGUGCCUGCUGAAGAUUUGCGCCCACAUACGUCUGAAUCCACAAAUGCCGUCUCCAAGCUGUUGUGGGCUGGUGUGUGCUGGUCCUUGGACUGUGUGGAACCAGUCUCCCCUGCAGAGAGGCCUUUGCCCUGUCCCUUGGAGUUCCACACGUGCCUUGAAGAACGAAGCUGCCUUGGUGCCUUCUGAAGAAAGUUCCUCCAUGAGGACGAAGUGGCCACCGUGGCACUGCCGGCUGUGGUUUGGGUCGCCCCGUGAUUUCAAGACUGGUCGGACCCUGCAGCACCCACGGGGAUGGGGUCAGGCACGUUUUGGAGAAGUGGCUCUACUAUCACUUGGAGGAUGGUGGGGUUUGUGUUUGUGGACUUUUUUGGGGGGUGAGGAACAGUAUAACAGUGGUGGUUGCUGGUUACUGCGCUAACCAGAGGGUGGGGGCAGAGGUGGCUCCACCUUUCCUGGUCUGCUGUCUUUGCACAUGCAUAAUUCUCUGUUUGAGGUGGAGAGACGGAUCUUCCCUGGAGGAGGCCUGCCCCCCAGCCGCAAGCCUUUCUGGGACUGUAUAGAGAAACUCUGGCGUCCUUGAACGGUGUUUCUCAAAAGCUCGACCUAGGAGUCUAGUGGGUUUUUUAGCAUAAAGGUGGAAAUUAGCAGUUUGCAUGGGAGUUUCCUUGGGGUGUGCAUGUUCCUUUUGAAGGAAAGCUGAAGAAUAUUCCCCAAAUCCUGCCCGGGGUGGGGUGCGGGGGGGUGGCACACUCAGCGAUGCAUUCCACAAACAGAAAACUUUCCACAGCUACUCAGCUACAAAAUUGCUUAAGAUUUUCCCCACUGCCAUUGUUUUGUACCUCUUUUCUGACAUGCUCUGGUUUUGAUGCACUUUUUAAAUUAUAUAUU